AAACGUUUGUCAACUUAUAAAAUUGCGCCAGACAUUUAGGUGAAAAUGGCCAGCAACAAGAAGUAUAGCGAUGUGAACCUCUACGAGCUGCUCGGCGUAUCCAUCGAAGCCGAGCAAGCCGAAAUACGCAAAGCGUAUCGAAAACGCGCCCUCGACUGCCAUCCCGAUAAAAAUCCCGACAAUCCCCAGGCGGCUGAGCGCUUCCAUGAACUAUCUAAGGCCCUGGAAAUACUCAGCGAUGCGUCGGCUCGUGCCGCUUACGACAAGGUGCUGAAAGCGAAAAAGGCCGCCGAGUUGCGUACGAAGCAAUUGGACAGCAAACGGCAAAAACUGAAAGAGGAACUGGAGCAGCGGGAACGAGCUGCGCUAAGCAAACUGCAAGCAGGACAACCUUACAGCAAGGUGAGUAAGAGCGAUGAGGAGGUGCUGCAUGAGCAAGUUGAGCGGCUGCGGCGCGAGGGCUCUAAGCUGCUCGAGGAGGAGCAGCGAGCAAUGCGGGAGCAUCUACAGCGCAACUAUAAUGAGCAACAGCAGCAGCGGCAACAAGAUAAUGCAUCCACCUUUGACUCCGCCACGCAUCGCAUCAAGAUAAAAUGGAAGGCGGAGAAGAGCGAUGCCACCAAUGGCGGUUACACGCAGGAUAAGCUGAUGCAGUAUCUUAAAAAAUACGGCGAGGUGGUCGCACUGGUCAUGAACGCGAAAAUACGGGGUCGCGCCAUGGUAGAGCUAAAGACGCGCGAAGCCUGCGACAUGAUCUUGGCCUAUGAGAAAGGUAAUUCGGCAAAUCCUUUGCAUUUUCAAUGGGUGACGCCGCCGGCGCAAGAUAAACAAACAAACGACAAACCAACGACGGCGUCGAGUGGUGCAACAACGCGGGACUAUGAGGAUUUGGUCAUGCGUAAGAUGCGCCAGGCGGCGGAGCGCAAACGUUUAAUCGAACAAAUGAUGAAAGACGAGGGCAAUGAGUAAUCGAUAAAAAAAUACGUAAAAAAUUGAGCAUAAGCUAAAUGUACACAGACAAGUUGGCAGCACUAUCGUCAGCUGGUAGCACUUGUUGUAUUUUAAGGUACAUUAAAUUGUCUUUGUAAUGUGUAACUGGCAUAGAAUUAAUUAAAUUAUAUAUAUAUACAUAUACUCAUCUAAAUU